AUUACUAAUUUUCCGAUAAUAAAUUAUCAGCUUCUCAAGCACGGUUACAAUAGUCUCUCCUCUUUCUUAUAUAUUUGCUCAUUAACUUUCCCAUAAAUCUUGGGAACUAAAGACAAAACAGUCAUGGAUAGAGACGAAGUAGGCAUGAUUUCGAAGAAACGGAAGGUAGAUGGAGAUACACCAAACCUUGAAGGUGAGGGUUCUUUAAAGGUCGUGGAAACUCAAUCUGCGGCGGCAAAAUUUGAGGAAAAUGUCGUCUACAGAUUGUACUCUAAGGGUUUGGUGAGUACGGAUAAUGUGGCGGCUGGAUUUGGGGUCGCCAUUUGUGAUCAGACGGAUGAGUUGUUGUUUAAGAUGAAGGAAUCAGUGAGUGACGUUGAAGGAGUUGAGGUUAGGGCUUUGAUUCGUGGGUUAAGUGAGUCACUCGAUUUAGGGAUCAAAAAGGUCAUGAUUUACUGUGAUGAUCGUGAUCUUUACCGAAACAUAACAACUGGUAAAUGUAAACCUAAGCAGAAAAAAGUUGUCAAACAACUUAUAGAAGAAGUUCAACGCCUUAGGGAGAAAUUUGCUUCUAGUGAAGCAAUUCUGGUUGCCGAAAACAACAUUAAGUUUGCUUUUGAACUUGCAAAAGAGGCAAUUGUUUCUCAAACCAACAGUGCCGAUGAUGAUGGACAUGAUGGUGACAAUAAUGACGAUGAAGAUGAUAAUCCUUGGGCUUACGGUUGUGGUUGUGAUUGGUGUAUACCUGAUCCUCCCGCUAAGUCCGAUUUCGAUGCCGAAUACAUUGAAUAUUAUAGUCUUUAGUCUCUGUGUUUGGAUUAGAUUUCACAGUUGUUUGGAAACACUUCAUAUCUUUCUUUGGUUUUUUUCUUUGUUUAAUUUGAGAAUUUAAGUUGUAAGCUCUGCAGGGCUUUUGGAUUUUCUGUAUUGUUAUUUGAAUAUUUGCACUUAUUAGUUUCACAUACACAUUUUGGUAUGAGUUUCAUUUUGCACAUUUUUAAGAAUGUCAACUUGUUUCUUUU